AUGAGAAUUACGAGUACAUCUUGCAUCUGCCCAGUCCUAGUUUGUCUCUGUUUUGUGCAGAGGUGUUAUGGGGCUGCUCAUCACAGCUCCAUUAAGGUGACCAGAAAUCAAACCAAACACAUAGAGGGUGAAACAGAAGUCCACCAUCGCCCCAAACGUGGAUGGGUGUGGAACCAAUUCUUCGUUUUAGAAGAACACAUGGGACCAGAUCCUCAAUAUGUGGGAAAACUGCACUCCAAUUCUGACAAAGGCGAUGGAUCAGUUAAAUACAUCCUUACUGGAGAAGGGGCUGGGACAAUAUUUAUCAUUGAUGACACCACGGGAGACAUUCAUUCAACCAAAAGUCUAGAUCGAGAGCAGAAGACCCACUAUGUCCUGCAUGCCCAGGCAAUUGAUAGAUGGACAAACAAGCCUCUUGAACCUGAAUCUGAAUUCAUUAUCAAAGUACAAGACAUCAAUGACAAUGCACCCAAAUUUACAGAUGGACCAUACAUCGUAACUGUGCCAGAAAUGUCUGACAUGGGUACUUCUGUUCUACAGGUGACAGCUACAGAUGCAGAUGACCCAACCUAUGGAAACAGUGCUCGAGUGGUGUAUAGUAUUCUUCAAGGACAGCCAUACUUCUCUGUUGAUCCCAAAACAGGAGUUAUAAGGACGGCCCUGCAUAACAUGGACAGAGAAGCCAGAGAGCACUACUCUGUGGUCAUUCAAGCCAAAGAUAUGGCUGGGCAAGUAGGAGGCCUUUCAGGAUCCACCACUGUCAAUAUUACACUCUCAGAUGUCAACGACAACCCACCUAGAUUUCCACAGAAACACUAUCAGCUAUAUGUCCCUGAAUCAGCUCAAGUUGGUUCAGCUGUAGGAAAAAUUAAGGCAAAUGACGCUGAUACUGGAACAAAUGCUGACAUGAAAUACACAAUCAUCAACGGUGAUGGCAUUGGAGUAUUCUCCAUAUCAACUGACAAAGAGACAAGAGAAGGCAUUCUUUCCUUGAAGAAGCCACUAAACUAUGAGAAGAAGAGGUCCUAUACUCUCAACAUAGAAGGAGCAAAUACACAUCUUGAUUUCCGAUUUUCUCACUUGGGCCCAUUUAAAGAUGUCACCAUGCUGAAGAUCAUUGUGGGAGAUGUUGAUGAACCACCCCUCUUUUCAAUGCCUUCCUAUGUUAUGGAUGUUCAUGAGAAUGAGAAGAUUGGAACAGUGGUUGGCACAGUGGCUGCUCAAGAUCCAGACAGUGCCAAUAGCUUAGUAAGAUAUUUCAUUGACCACAGUGCUGAGGAUGAUAGGUUUUUCAACAUUGAUGCUAACACUGGAACCAUUAAGACUGCAAAAGUCCUUGACAGAGAGGAAACACCAUGGUACAAUAUCACAGUCGUUGCUUCAGAAAAGGACAAUCCUAGCCUGCUGAGCCAUGUAGCAGUUGGCAUUCAAGUUCUGGAUGUCAAUGACAACCCACCAGAGCUUGCCAAGGAGUAUGAUAUUGUUGUGUGUGAAAAUUCUAAGCCUGGCCAGGUUAUACAUACAAUCAGUGCCACUGAUAAAGAUGAUUUUGCAAAUGGACCAAGAUUCCAUUUCUUUCUGGAUGAAGGUCUGGCUCUGAACCCCAACUUCACACUGAAGGACAAUGAGGAUAACACAGCCAGCAUUCUGACAAGGCGGAGGAGAUUUAGUCGAACUAUUCAGGAUGUGUAUUAUCUCCCCAUUAUGAUCUCUGAUGGUGGAAUCCCCUCUCUCAGCAGCAGCAGCACCCUCACCAUCAGGGUAUGUGCAUGUGAGAGAGAUGGGCGUGUGCGGACCUGCCAUGCUGAAGCCUUCCUGUCCUCUGCUGGCUUAAGUACAGGAGCCUUAAUUGCAAUUCUUCUCUGUGUCCUCAUUCUUUUGGCAAUCGUGGUUCUCUUCAUCACUCUCAGACGCAGCAAGAAAGAGCCCUUGAUCAUUUCAGAGGAGGAUGUGCGGGAAAAUGUUGUCACUUACGAUGAUGAAGGGGGUGGGGAGGAAGAUACAGAAGCCUUUGACAUCACAGCCCUGAGGAACCCAUCCGCUGCUGAGGAGCUGAAAUAUAGAAGAGAUGUUCGACCUGAAGUGAUGCUUACACCCCGACACCAGCCUUCGUCUGCUCUUGAGAGUAUAGAUGUUCAGGAAUUUAUUAAACAAAGACUGGCAGAGGCAGACCUUGACCCCAGUGUCCCUCCCUAUGACUCUCUACAGACAUAUGCAUAUGAGGGCCAUAGAUCUGAAGCUGGGUCCAUCAGCUCCCUGGAUUCAGCAACUACACACUCAGACCAGGAUUAUAAUUAUCUUGGUGACUGGGGGCCAGAGUUUAAAAAGUUAGCUGAACUCUAUGGAGAAUUAGAAUCGGAAAGAACAAGUUAG